GUCAUUAGUUAACCGCUUAAUCCAACCUUGGUAAGACGAACAACUUUUUUGUAUUUCUAUUUUAUUGAAAGAAUAUAGUCUGAAGCGGUGAAGAGCAUUGAAUCGUUUGCAUAAAAAUGUUGUUAAAACAUUUCAUGCUUGUGGUUUUUUUACUGAUUGUAUGUCAUUUGAUGUCCGUGUCAUCAAGGAGAUUUUGGCGAAGAUUUUGGCGAAGACGGCAAUUUAGACGGCGAUCUCCACCACCUGUAGAUUGCCAACUUUCACAAUGGUCAGUCUUUAAGGCUUGUGACUCAAACUGUAGCGUUGGAAACGAAAUCGUCAUUCGUCACUUCAUCAACGGUCGUACUACAGAAAGAAGAAAAAGGAGAUGUUCUCGUCCUCGCUUAAGAAAACGCCGUCAAUGCGGUUCACCAAACGGAGGGUGUGAUGAUAUUUGCAACCCUGUUAAUGGAUCGUGUUCUUGUAUUCUUGGCUAUAGACUCGAAGCUGAUGGUAAAUCAUGUGGUGAUGUAAACGAAUGUCAAAAUGGAAAUGGUGGUUGUAUCAACUCCAACUGUAGAAACACAGAUGGUAGUUAUUGGUGUGACUGUCAACCUGGUUAUGAGCGAACAACCUCACGGAUCAUUUGUUUACCUAAACUAUGUUCAGCAAUAAAUCCACCUCCAUGUCCUAGUCCUACAUAUCAUGACGAAUUUGGAACAGCCUGCAUGCCUGCACAGAUCAAUUGCACACACGGAUUUGAGUAUAUGGAAUCGUGUUCUAUCUAUUGUGACCAAAACUUUAAACUUGCUGUUAUUAGAACACCAGAUUCCAGUGAAGCUUUUGCUGAAAACUUCCACAAGGUAGACUUCAAAGCACCCAACAAAAUGACUGUGUGUUCUUUGGACGGAGAUAAUGUGAAAUGGGACUGGAACCCAAAUUCUUCUCCUUACUACUGUAGGAGAGUUAAUGAUCCACCCUUUAAUAUUAGCUUUCAAACACUUCCAUCAAUGAGAAAAUGA